AUCCAUUGUUUAGAGCUAGACCACUCUACUCUUUUACUCAUCAUUCCAAAUUUGCAUAAUUAUAUCGUCAUGUAGGUGAAUAAGGUGUAUGUUAAUGUUAUGUGUUUGGGCGUGCAACUGUAAACCCUUGCUUCUGUUCUUUCUCUUGCCCAUCGGAGUUCAGAUCCACGCUUGGGAUCAAAUCAAGGCUUGGUAACUGAUUUUGGACUGAAGAAAGAAAGAAUAAUCAGUGUGAAGACAAUGUUCGGCUCAACUAACCCUUUUGGGCAGUCAUCUAGUAGCCCAUUUGGAACCCAAUCAGUCUUUGGGCAGACCAACAAUGCAAGUAACAAUCCUUUUGCUCCCAAACCAUUUGGUACCACAACCCCUUUUGGUUUGACAAGUUCAGUGUUUGGGGGCAGUUCAACUGGUGUAUUUGGUACUGCCCAGUCAUCUUCACCUUUCUCAUAUACCACAACCUUUGGUGCAUCAUCAUCUCCAGCCUUUGGAAGUUCAAUGCCUGCUUUUGGAGCAUCUUCCACUCCUGCUUUCAGUAGUUCCUCAUCAGCAUUUGGUGGUUCUUCUGUUUUCAGUGCAAAGCCUACUUUCGGCUUUGGGUCCACUCCUACUCAAUCAAGUCCUUUUGGAGGCACGACUCAGCAAUCACAGCCUGCAUUUGGGAGCAGUUUAUUUGGUUCCUCCACACCUUUUGGUGCUACAAGUCAGUCAGCAUUUGGUGCUACUAGCACUCCCGCUUAUGGUGCAACAAGCACCCCUGCCUUUGGGGCUGCAAGUACCCCAGCCUUUGGUGCUACCAGGACUCCAGCCUUUGGGGGCAUGGGAACUUCAUUUGGUGCAUCAAGUGGCCCAGCUUUUGGUUCUGGGGGAGCAUUUGGGGCUUCAAGCACCUCUCUUUUUGGGUCAUCGAGCACCCUAGCAUUUGGAGCCUCUAGCACUCCUGCUUUUGGGGCUUCAAGCACUCCUGCUUUCGGGGCUUCGAGUACUCCUGCAUUUGGCGCUUCAAGUAUGCCUGCCUUUGGGGCAUCUAGUUCUGCAUCUUUCAGUUUUGGGUCCUCUCCUGCUUUUGGCCAGUCAACUUCUGCUUUUGGUAGCAGCCCAUUUGGAACCAGUACAUCUCCUUUUGGGGCACAGAGUUCACCAUUUGGAUCCCAAGCAACAACACCAACAUUUGGAAGCACUGCCUUUGGGCAGUCAAAUUUUGGGGGCCAACAUGGUGGAAGUAGAGUGGUUGCUUACACUCCUACAACUGAAGCAGAUACUGGCAGUAGUACUCAGCCUGCUGGAAAGUUGGAGUCAAUAUCUGCCAUGCCUGUCUACAAAGAAAAAAGCCAUGAGGAGCUGAGAUGGGAGGAUUAUCAAUUGGGAGAUAAAGGUGGACCACUUCCUGCUGGUCAAUCUGCUGGGGGAAUAGGCUUUAGUUCAUCAGCUGCUCCAUCAAGCCCUUUUGCUUCUUCAUCAGUAUUUGGGGCAUCAUCAGCUAGUCCUUUUUCCAGCACUACAUCUUCAAAUCUAUUUGCUCCCAAAACUUCAACUUUCACCGGAUCAAGUUUUGGAACCACCACUUCAUCUGCAUUUGGUACUUCUCCUUUUGGUGUAUCAUCUGCACCCAAUCCGUUUGGAUCAACUUCAUCUGCAGCUCCUUCCAUAUUUGGGCAUGGACCAACAUCAACUUCUGCAUUUGGUGCCAAUUCAUCUCCCUCUACUUUUGGUUCAUCGCCAUCCGUCUUCAAUAGUACAGCUGCUCAGGGUACUAUUUUAUCCUUUGGCUCCAGCAUGAAUUUUGGUACUCAGUCAUCUCUUUUGUUCAGUUCUGCUGCCUCUGGACAGACAGGUUCUGGUUUUGGACUGGCCACUUCUUCAUUUGGAAAUAGUAGUACUACAUCUUUGUUUGGUACUUCAAAUCUAUUUAGCACACCUUCCACUGGAUUUUCUGCUGGCAUUUUCUCAAGUACUCCAUCACUAGCUCCUUCUAGCACACCAUUGUUCGGUCAACCAACUCCCUCUGUUUCUAUUCCAUUUCAACUGGGUCAAACUGCUCAAACUGCUAGUGCUUUUGGAUUUAGCAACCUGGGUCAGACACAUGCAGCAGGUAAUACAAGUAACGUCACUGGUGCAUUGGGCACUCUUGGUCAGAAUAGCUUUGGACAAUCGUCUGCCACUCAGAGUUUUGUUACCGUGCAACCUAUUGUGGUCACAAAUCCAUUUGGGACACUCCCUGCAAUGCCUCAAAUGUCAAUUGGCCGAACUGGAACUUCUCCUUCAAUCCAAUAUGAAAUUUCUAGCAUGCCGGUUGUUGAAAAAUCUGCUCCUGUCAGAAUAGCAUCCUUAUUGACUUCUCGACAUUUGUCACAAAGGCAGAUUAGGCUUCCUGCUAGGAAAUAUAAUCCCAAGAAUGAUGGUGUGAAGGUUCCUUUUUUCAGUGAUGAUGGAGAGGCCCCCAGCACCCCAGAGGCAGAUGCCCUUUUUAUUCCUAGGGAGAAUCCAAGAGCUCUAGUUAUAUGUCCUACAGAACAGUUUUCUUUUGGUGCUAGUGUAGCAAAGACCUCAUCAUUAAAAGAUAUGUCUUGUGUACCCGAAAAUGGUAAAACCCCAGAAGAUGGCUUCAAUCUCAAGGAUAAAGAUAAAAAUCCGCUUGAAAAUGGAGCUGUGAAGGAGCAACUAUAUCCUGUCAAAAAUGAUCACAAACUGAAUGGAGUCCUCAAUGAUCGUUCUGUACAAAUAGAUGACCCACAUUUGACACUUGGUGGCCACAGGGCUGGUGAAGCUGCAAUUGUUUAUGAGCACGGGGCCACCAUUGAGGCACUGAUGCCAAAGCUCCGACGAUCUGACUACGACACAGAACCUCGAAUCCAAGAACUUGCAGCCAAGGAAGGGGCUGAGCCAGGAUACUGUUGCUGUGUUAAGCACUUUGUAGUUGGACGCCAUGGCUAUGGAAGCAUCAAGUUCUUGGGUGAAACAGAUGUGCGAAGGCUUGAUCUCGAGUCUCUUGUCCAGUUUAACAAUCGUGAGGUGAUUGUCUACAUGGAUGAUGGCAAGAAACCUCCAAUUGGGCAAGGUCUUAAUAAGCCUGCAGAAGUAACGCUCCUGAAUAUAAAAUGCUUUGACAAAAAGACUGGAAUUCAGUACACUGAAGGGCCAAAAAUUGAUAAAUAUAAGGAGAUGCUGAAGCGAAAGGCUGAGGAGCAAGGUGCUGAGUUUCUAUCCUAUGACCCCGUCAAGGGUGAGUGGAAGUUUAGAGUUAACCACUUCAGUGAGUACAAAAUAGAAGAUGAAGAGGGGGAAGAGGACCAGAAUGGUUGUGUAGCCCCAGGGUGUUGAGUAAAUGGGCGACAGUGUGUGUAAUUUGCUUUGCUAGUUUUAGGAGGAAGACUCCGGGUCUCAAAAAAAGAGAGAUUUUUGUUCUAGGUGUUAGAUUUUUGUUUGUAUAGAUUUUGUCAAAUUGUGUGUUGAAACAUCAGAUUUGAGUAAUUACUUUUGUUACAGUAUGAUUUAUAUAUAUAUAUAUAUAUAUUUUAAAUUUUAAUGCUCCA